AGUCCACUUGGGUUGCGAGUUGAGGACAGUAGGAACGGAACGCAGGAAAGGCUGCUGGUGGAGGAGGCCUUCGCACGGGUUGCAGAUCCCAGACCUGUGCUCUGGAGGCUCUGCAGGCCCCUGCUGGACCCUUGGCUCCUCCUCUGACUUCUGUGCCUGCUACGGGCCUCCUCGCUGGAUUCAGGAUCUUGGUUGUGAGAGGUCCGCCAUGUGGGCACCCGGGCUGCGCGCGCUGCAGCUGCUGCUUCUGCUGGGCGCCUCCUGGGCGCGGGCGGGCGCCCCGCGCUGCACCUACACCUUCGUGCUCCCGCAGCAGAAGUUCACGGGCGCCGUGUGCUGGAGCGGGCCGGCGGCCGCGCGCCCGGCCACGGAGGCCGUGAACGCCAGCGAGGUGGCGGCGCUGCGCGCGCGCGUGGGCCGCCACGAGGAGCUGCUGCGCGAGCUCCAGCGGCGGGCGGCGGCGGACGGCGAGGUGGCGGGCGAGGUGCGCGCGCUGCGCAAGGAGAGCCGCGGCCUGAGCUCGCGCCUGGGCCAGCUGCGCGCGCAGCUGCAGCACGAGGCGGGCCCGGGCCCGGGGGCGGAGCCCGCGGCGGCGCUGGCCCUGCUCGGGGAGCGCGUGCUCAACGCCUCCGCCGAGGCGCAGCGCGCCGCCCUCCGCUUCCACCAGCUGGACGUCAAGUUCCGGGAGCUGGCGCAGCUCGUCAGCCAGCAGAGCAGCCUCAUCGCCCGCCUGGAGCGCCUGUGUCCGGGGGGCGCGGGCGGGCAGCAGGUCCUGCCACCGCCCCUGGUACCGGUGGUUCCGGUCAGUCUGGUGGGUGGCACCAGUGACAACAGCAGGUUAGACCCAGCCCCAGAGUCCCAGAGAGACCAGACCCUGAGACAGCAGGGGACCCUGGCCUUUCCCUUACCUGCAGGGCACCCUGCAGUCCCCACCAAGCCAGCAGGCCCAUGGCAAGAUUGUGCAGAGGCACACCGGGCAGGCCAUGGGCAGAGUGGCGUGUACGAGCUGCGACUGGGCCGGCAUGUGGUGUCAGCAUGGUGUGAGCAACAGCUGGAGGGUGGAGGCUGGACGGUGAUCCAGAGGCGGCAAGACGGUUCAGUCAACUUUUUCACUACCUGGCAGCACUACAAGGCGGGCUUCGGGCAGCCUGAUGGGGAACACUGGUUGGGCCUUGAACCGGUGCAUCAGCUGACCAGCCGUGGGGACAACGAGCUCCUGGUGCUCCUGGAGGAUUGGGGAGGCCGCGGUGCACGCGCCCACUAUGAUGGUUUCUCCCUGGAGCCCGAGAGUGACCACUACCGCCUACGGCUGGGCCAGUACCAUGGAGAUGCGGGAGACUCUCUUUCCUGGCACAAUGACAAGCCUUUCAGCACUGUGGAUAGGGAUCGAGACUCCUAUUCUGGUAACUGUGCCCUGUACCACCGGGGAGGCUGGUGGUACCAUGCCUGUGCCCACUCCAACCUCAAUGGUGUGUGGCACCGUGGUGGCCACUACCGCAACCGCUACCAGGACGGGGUCUACUGGGCUGAGUUUCGUGGCGGGGCUUACUCUCUCAAGAAGGCGGCCAUGCUGAUCCGGCCCCUGAGGCUGUGACCAUCUGUCCCCCAGGGGAUGUCUGUCAGCAGGAGCCCAAGUUGUCCUGGCCACACCUCCUUUAUGGCUCGGUGUGAGCCCCGUCCCACAGACCCUCCCACUGUGGAUCUGCUCCCCAGGACUCUGAAAGGAGGACCCAGGAAUCCCCCUGCCAACAUCUCCAGCCCGUGUGGCUCCCCAAGGGCACUCAGAUCUCGGUUUGAGCUCGUAUUUUAUAACAACACAAAGUAUCUACA